AGAGUGGAAUUGACUUUCUUCAUCAGUUGCUUCCUGCUCUCUACUUCCUUUUUCUCUUGUUCCUGUUUUUCUGUGAGAGGAAGUUGACAUUGGAACAAAGAAUUCCAAACGUUAAGGUUGUUUUAGCGGACGGCGUUGAAAUGGCGAAUGCAGAAGAUGGAAGAAAGCUGUGGGGUGGACGUUUCACUGGAAAAGUGGAUCCAGAGAUGGAUAAAUUUAACGCCUCCAUUGGUUUUGAUAAAAGAAUGUGGAAGGAAGACAUCGUGGGAAGUGAAGCAUAUGUCAAAGGAAUAGAGCAGGCUGGUUUGGUCACCAAUGAUGAAAUGAAGGAAAUCCUGAGUGGUCUAGGAAAGGUUAAGGAAGAGUGGGCUAGUGGAAGUUUCAUUCUUCACCCUUCAGAUGAAGACAUUCACACAGCGAAUGAGAGAAGAUUGAAGGUAAUUAUGCUGGAAAUUCAGAGGGAGGGGUGGGAGGGGGGGUCUCAAAUGCAAAAAUUGGUGUGUCUCACUUGUAUUCAUUAUUUGAUUAUAAUAAGGUUAUUAUAUUUGUGUAAUUUUAUUUGUUGUAGCGGUGCCAUUGCUGGAAAUCCUUUCAAUGUUGACCGCCAGUUUCUUGCCAAAGAGUUGAAUUUCUCAGCUGUAUCAGGUAACAGUAUGGAUGCAGUAGGAGACAGGGACUACAUUGUGGAGUUUCUGUUCUGGGCUUCACUCCUGUCAACGCAUCUCAGUCGCUGGGCUGAAGAUAUGAUUCUUUAUUCCACCAAGGAGUUUGGUUUCAUAUCAUUAUCAGAUGCCUACAGCACUGGAAGCAGUCUUAUGCCACAGAAGAAAAAUGCGGACAGUUUAGAGCUCAUUCGAGGAAAAUCAGGACGAAUAUUUGGUCGAUGUGCCGGCAUGCAGAUGACCUUGAAGGUAUGAAUGUUUUCAUUUGAACUGUUAGUUUGUCUCAUGGGGAAGUUUUGACUAAAAUUAAUGUGGCUCAAACCACUAAUUAGGCUUCGAGACUUUGCGAGGCACAGCCAGACGGUCUCAUGAGUUGCGCAAAAGAGAGGGAAAAGUCGGGUAAGCCUACGGUAGAUUAGUUUUGUGCAUUACUUGCAAAAAAUUUCGGUUGUUUUAUUUUGGACGUUUAAAUUUACGCCAACAAAACACGAAUUAGACUAAAACAACAUCUAUGAAAAUGAUCGUUUUACUGCACCCUCAAGGUUUUAGAGAUACACUGACAAGAAAAUGACACGUAUUCUAUCAAGCCGUUACGCAUCUCAAACAGUGUCUCAAGAGUUCGCUUCAUAAAGGAACGUAAGAGCUUUGGCGCUAUUUAAAAGUUAUAUACUGUACUUUCUGUACUGUAAAUAUUUCGGACGCCUAUAAAUUUCGGACGGUUAUAUUUUCGGACACUUUUUAGUCCGAAAUUAAGAUCGUCCGUUCCUGUUAGAAACAAUAGAUAUGUAUGAUGUGUUUAUUGAAAUAAGGCGUUUAAUGAGUCGGGUAUUGUUAACUUCGAGCCAAAAGUUUUGUUUUUGCAAGUGAAUAUAUGAAAGAUCAUAUAUUUGAACUGC